CACUCCACGUGUGAUUUGACAGUUCUCGUCCAUCUGUCAUAGCUUUUAUACACUUUCCUAAAAUAACCCAUUUUUAGAACUUAAAAACCUAUCAAAAUCGAAAAAUUAUCCCACACAAAAGUUCCCCUUUAAGUUAAGAUGUCGAAAAAACGUGGUAAUAAGAAAAAUCAGGACCUGGACGACGACUUCAAUGAAACGAAACCUGCCGUAGAAGCAAAAUCCUCGAAAACGGCGAAAGGAAAAAAUAAAAAAGGCAAGAAUAAGACUGAUGAUUGGAGUGAUGAUGAAAAUAAAACAAAGAUCCCGUCAGAUAACGAGGAAAUAUCCAAGGAAAAUAAGAAUAAUGUGAGUAAAGUUGUGAAGAAAGGCAAAAAGAAUAAAAAUAAAAACGAUGAUGAUUGGGGUGAUGAGAAGGAUGUUGAAUUGAAUUUGAAAGAUAUUUCGGAUGAUGAAACUCCGGUUAUGGUGAAAAAGGCACAAAAAAAAUCUAAAAAUAAAAAGAAUAAGGUUGAAUCUGACGAAGAAGAUGAUAAUGCUGCUAAAGAUGAUGAAAAAACUGAGGAAUUAGUUGAGGAAGAUCCUGAAAUUGAAGGGGAAUUAAAACCAAUAAAGAAGAAAAAUAAAAAGAAAAACAUAAAAAAAUUUAAACCACCAUCAGAGGAUGAAGAUGAAAAUUUAGAUGAUGUGAUAGAAAAUGAAGAGAAAGAAGAAAUUGUUGAAGUUGAGAAAGUAAAAGAAGAAAAGGUAGGUGAUACUAAAAGUGAAAUGGAAAAACAAUUAGAAGAAAUAAAUGAUAAAUUGGUUGAAACAAAACUCGAAGAACCCACUGAAAUGAAAGAAAUAGAAAAAAAAUUGACCCACAAAGAAAAGAAAAAGAAGAAAAAAGAAGAAGAAUAUCAAAAACAAAUGGAAAUGAUGAUGAAAAAAGGUGGUCAAGGUCAUUCCGAACUAGACUCAAACUUUACAGUUUCACAGAUGCAAAAAACCGUGGGUCAAAUGGCCGCAAUGGAAAACGCUGUCGACAUAAAAGUCGAAAACUUUAGCAUUUCCGCCAAAGGAAAAGAUUUAUUUGUUAACGCUAAUUUAUUAAUCGCCCAAGGUCGUCAUUAUGGUUUAGUUGGCCCUAACGGUCAUGGAAAAACCACAUUAUUACGUCACAUCGCGCAAAGAGCUUUUACAAUACCUCCAAACAUCGAUAUAUUAUAUUGCGAACAAGAAGUUGUCGCCGACGAUUAUACAGCCGUCGAAUCGGUGCUUAAAGCGGAUGUGAAACGUACAGAAUUGCUUGAAGAGGCGAAAAAAUUAGAGGAGGAGGCUCAAUCGGGAAAAUUGGACGUUCAAGAUAGGUUAAAUGAGGUUUAUGCGGAAUUAAAGGCUAUAGGGGCUGAUUCUGCUGAGCCUAGGGCGAGAAGAAUUUUAGCUGGGUUAGGAUUUUCUAAAGAAAUGCAGAAUCGUCAAACGAAAAACUUUUCUGGUGGGUGGAGAAUGCGUGUCUCUUUGGCUAGAGCUUUAUAUUUAGAACCAACUUUAUUAUUACUCGACGAACCUACAAAUCAUUUAGAUUUAAACGCCGUAAUUUGGCUCGAUAAUUAUUUACAAGGAUGGAAAAAAACUUUAUUAAUCGUAUCUCAUGACCAAUCUUUCUUAGAUAAUGUUUGUAACGAAAUAAUUCAUUUAGAUCAAUGUAAAUUGUAUUAUUAUAAAGGUAAUUAUUCAAUGUUCAAGAAAAUGUUUGUCCAAAAACGUAAAGAGAUGAUUAAAGAGUAUGAAAAGCAAGAGAAAAAGAUUAAAGAAAUGAAAGCGCAUGGACAAUCUAAAAAACAAGCCGAAAAGAAACAAAAAGAAGUUUUAACUCGGAAACAAGAAAAAAAUAGAACAAAGAUGCAAAAAACCGAGGAUGACGUUCAAAUGACCGAGUUAUUACAAAAACCAAAAGAUUACAUUGUUAAAUUUUCUUUCCCAGAACCUCCACCUUUACAACCACCAAUUUUAGGACUUCACAAUGUUACUUUUGCUUAUCCAACUCAAAAACCGUUAUUUAUCAAAACCGAUUUUGGAAUUGAUUUAAACAGUCGCGUAGCUAUCGUUGGGCCGAAUGGAGUUGGAAAAUCAACGUUUUUAAAAUUAUUAACCAGCGAUAUACAACCAUUAGAGGGAGAAGUUCGAAAAAAUUAUCGUUUACGUAUUGGACGUUUUGAUCAACACUCCGGUGAGCAUUUAACCGCGGAAGAAACCCCCUCGGAGUAUUUAAUGCGCCUCUUUGAUUUACCCUAUGAAAAAGCUCGAAAACAACUUGGAACUUUUGGUUUGGCGAGCCAUGCGCAUACAAUUAAAAUGAAGGAUUUAUCUGGUGGACAAAAAGCCCGGGUUGCUUUAGCAGAGCUUUGUUUAAAUGCACCCGAUGUUGUUAUUCUUGAUGAACCCACGAAUAAUUUAGAUAUAGAAUCAAUUGAUGCUUUAGCUGAUGCAAUAAACGAUUAUAAAGGUGGUGUUAUUAUCGUUUCUCACGACGAGAGACUUAUUCGAGAAACCGAUUGUGCUCUUUACGUAAUUGAAGAUCAGACUAUCAAUGAAGUUGAAGGUGAUUUCGACGAUUAUAGAAAAGAAUUACUCGAUAGUUUGGGAGAGGUUAUUAAUAAUCCAAGUGUAGCUGCAAACGCCGCUGUAUUACAGUAAAAAAUAACGAGGUUGAAUCGUGUUAUUAAAGAAAUAAAGAAUAUUUACAUUUUCUAAUUUA